UACCAAUGGUUUGGCCUCGGUCGAAAUCAUGUUUUUUCUUUUGUUAAAAUCAUCUGUUCGACACACACCGGAAAUGACGCCAAAUGUUUGCGGUCGGAUCUUAGGUCAUUAUGGUGGUUAGGUUGCUGAGAAGGUACUUUAGCUCUGCGUUAGUCUUCUUUCACCUGACCAACAUUUAAAAACGUAGAAUUUCCACUAUAGCUGUUAUGUUUUGACCAAACUUCCUAAUCCUACAUUAGGUAUUAUUUAAGACGACGGAGCAACCAGCGAGCCACCGACUGUAGGGACAAUGUCUAGCCGUCUGGCCUUCCAGACCCAGCUGGCCUCCAUCAUGGAGGUCCUGGCUAAUGCAGCAGUGGCGGAGAUCUGUAAGCUGGUAGACGACGACUAUGCGGUGGUGAGUUUACAGAUGUCUCAGUGCCAGAGAGAGAACAAAGCCCUAAAGAGGAAGCUGCAUUUGCUGGAGCUGAAGAUGGCCCGGGGAAACGCCGAGAGGAGGCUCCGGGAGAGCGCCAUGAACAGCAGCCGAUCCAGGGUGCAGAUAAACACCACCGGUGGUGUGUUUGAGCGACGGAUGGACGUGGUUCUGUGGUCUGGUAGAGCUGCUGCAGAGGAUGCAAGCAGCGAGCCGAUUCAUUUUGACAGUGUCCAGAGUAAGUCUCCAGACGUGGAGCUGGUGGAGCCAGAGCCAGUGCUGGUAAAGGAGGAGAGGGAGGAGCUGUCAAGAGUUGAAGAAGGAGAGGAAAACGUGCCGCUUAUCAGAGAUGAUGGAGUGUUGGAGUGUGUCCCUUGUGGACCUGCGAGACCCAGCCUUGAACAGCAGGACAACAAGUCCACAUCCUGUCAGACCUGGUCCCAGAUCCAGAGCAGCAGGACAAGGCGCCCCAGCAGCAGCAGAGGAGUGGAGAAGGAGGAGGAGCCGGAUGUGGUGCUGGUGAAGGUGGAGGAGGUGGAGCCGGUGACGGGGACUCAGAACCAGACAGGCCUCAGCAUACAAGAGGGGUUGGUGGAGUCGAGCACCGACGACUGUAGAGCAGUUCUGCCAUUUGAUGAAAUCCCAGAAACCUCCAACAAUCGUCUGUCUGACCUGCAGGAGUCUGGGCGGGGCUUCUCAGAGUCUGCAGCACCUCAGCCAACGCCUGUGAUAUUGCAAGAGCCCAGCAGUGUGGUGGCAGUCCAGCUGAGGGUACCAGACACCAACACACCCGCCAACCCAAAAACACAACAGCAGCAGAGAUCCAGCAACACCAAUCCUCUCGGCUCUGAAUACUCUCUGUUUGAACUCGAGACAUUCUUCACCCGCUGGGCCCCUGAUAGUGACUCGGCCGGCAGUGGCCCUUCAUGUCCUUUUACCACUGAUGCCCCAGCAGAGAGUGACCAGGAUGAUGUUAUUAUUGAAGGGCAGAGUUUCUCCUCUAUUCAGAUCCAGCCGUCUGUGUCACAAGGCCUGUCAGCAGAGCCUUCUGUGUCCAUACCUCUGAGGAUGCAGGCUCCAUCCUCCCAGCCUUCAUGGAGCAGAAAACCAGUCAUGAUCAGAAGUGCACAGGCUCAGCUGCUGCAGCAGCAUCCUGAUAGCAACAGGAUCUCUCAGCAACAGCACAGCAUUCCCUCUGCACAGACAGCGCUGUCCUCCACCACAGCUGCUGUCAGUCACACUCACAGUGGUGCUAAAACUACUACCUCUGGUAUCAGCUCAAACAGUAGGACUAUGGGCUCCGGAUCUGUCAGGGGAUCCACAGCAGCGUUGGCCAGCAUUGAGGUGGCAAUUGCUGCACAGCAUCGAGCCAACCUUUUGGCUCGCCACAAUAAAAGCCAGGCUGCCAGCAUGGUGCCCAGCGAACGCCGCAGGAAGAGCUACAUAUGCCGAGCCUGUGGUAAAGCUUUCUCUGGUCUGUCCAAUCUGGAGGCCCAUGAAAGAGUCCACACGGGGGAGAAACCUUUCCACUGUGACACCUGCGGUAAACGCUUCUCAGAGGCCGGGAACCUGAAGAAGCAUCAGAGAGUUCACACCGGGGAGAAACCUUUCAGCUGUGAAAAGUGUGGGAAGAGGUUCGCCUGGAUCUGCAACCUGAGGACGCACCAGCAAUCUGCCACAGGCUGCGGACCACAGGCUAGUGGGGGGCUAGGAAUGGGCUGUUAAUGCCAGCUGUGUUUUAUUGACACCAGGGGUUGAUGCAUAGACGCUGUAAGGUUCAAACCAGAAGAAAAGAUCCGGCGAUUCGCUGCAGGGUUGUGCAGCAAUGGGAGUGUCACUGAAAUGGCAUUUGUGUGAUGUCCCGUUGUGUUCGUUAACACCCCAUUGUAGCACACAUAGGCUUUUUAUUUAACCAUUAUUGUUUUCCGUCCGUUGUUUAUAAACUUGGUACAAAAAGUAAGGAAACUU